AGUACAUCACAACAUCAGCAUCAUAUACCUGCAUCACUUCCGAAUCCGAGAAAAAUUGGAAGAUUAUCCGAGAAGUUGUCACAGAAGCACUUGGUAUCGUGUUGCAAGAAUGAUCUUUAAAUUUCUUUUCAUCGUUACCAUUAGCAGUGUAAUUGCAAACGCUCUGCAAGAGGACGAUUGGAAACAGCUCAGUUUGUUUCCAGUGUGUGUCAGGCCAAGAGAUAAAGGUUAUGGCCAUUUGCAGUACCACGGCAAGAGUAAACUGGUAGCAGCAUUGAAACUGAAGCAUCAGACUGGGAAGAUCAGGUGUACCAAUAAUGAGGCUUUCGACAGCAAUUGGGGCUGUGCCAAAGAGAAUGGAUUCAACAUCAUUGUUACCGACGAAUCUAACCAUGUGAUCUAUCCGCGCGAAGAGCUUAUCAAAGAUUCUUCUGGAAUGUGGUAUUACCUACCACUGGCUGACGCAAUAGACUCGACUGAGAUUGUCUUCGAGGACUUUUGCCAUCCGUUUUACUUGCAGCAGUAUGGAAAACUAAGGUUUUGGUACGGGGAAGACUUGAAGAAGCACAGUGACACUGACAACCAGGGGCAAGUCUGUUUCGACGUUCUGGCGCUGUUCAUAUAAUCUCUUGGAAAAGAACAGCUUUAUGAGAAAUUUGGCGGGUUUAUCUAACAUUCAUGUAAUUUUAGCAUGUUUAAAGUAAAUGGGAUUUAAUAAAGGAAUUUAUGGAAA